AUGGAUCUCAAUGUGCAUACCUCUCAGUCCAAACAACCCGGCUGUCAACACGUAAACAGCACUUUGGCAACUGUGCCAUUGGCAGAACCUGGCCCAGAUGAAGAGCUCGAGACAAUGCAAGUUGAUGAUCUUGAAUCAGAGCCUGCCGUAUUCAAGGGCGACUUUUUUGGGCAGUAUUCAGCUCAGGACCUGCCAGGCUGGGGCGAGUUGGGAGCAGAGUUUGAUGGAGUGGCGGCCGAGCUAGACUUGCCAGGCUCCAACUCAGAGCCAGAGGCCAACGACUCCGAUGUACCACCUCUUACACCAGACGUCUCAGAUGGAGACGACAGCGAUGAUGACAGAGACCUUGUCAAGUGGGCAGCUGCAUCUCAGCUGAUGUGGGAGCCAGAACCUGCCAGCAAGACACUUCCUGAACUUCCCGAACUUGCCAUGCCACCCAGCUCUCUACAUGCAGAGUCAUUGCAGUACAAUCUCAACAACGGCAAGGUCACUCACUCUGCUGCUGGUACAGAUGUUGAUGCUGGUCACAUGCAUCAGCCCUCGACACAUUCAGACGCAAACAUCCAUACCGUGGAUGAGGCCAAACGACAGCGCAUGGAAAAUGCGCUUUGCACAAAGAUCUAUGUGCAGAAGUUUCUGUCAGAAGCCGCUGGUGCACCAAUUAAACCUAGAGAAGCCUUCAACAUCUACUAUCGCAACAUGAUUGAGUGCGUACGUGCGCUCUAUAGCGAACCUGAGUUUGCUGCACACCUGGUGUUCCUUUCUGAGCAACACUACUCUGAUGCAGACCAUACACUCCGACUCUUCCACGAGGUACACACAGGGAAGUGGUGGUGGGCUGCUCAGAAAGCAGUUGAAGCAAACACACCUGGUGAUACGAUCAUCCUCAUCAUUCUGUCGUCUGACAAGAUGCAGCUCACCCUGUUCUGUAACAAGGCAGCAUAUCCAGUAUACAUGACCAUCGGAAACCUUCCUAAGGAUAUUUGCAGCAAGCCGUCGCGUGGCAGUCAAAUUUUGCUAGCUUACCUACCAACCACAAAACUCGAGCACAUCACCAACAAGGCUGCAUGA